AAGAAAAAUCCACCGCGAUUCUCACUCCACUUUUCAUAAGCUCUGCACCUGUCUGGUAUUUUCUCAUCCUCAAUUUCCAAACCUACGCCCAAAAAGUCAAUGGCAUCUCGGUCUACCUUGCUUUUUCUGAACCCGUUCCCACGAUAUUUUUAACCACUAAUUCACCGCAAACACACAAAGCUUCCCCUUCCUUUCAUGAUGGGCAAAGCUUCACUGGAUCUCAGGAAUUUCCUUCUGCUGCUAUUGUGCAGCUCCGUGGGCUUAUGGGGUUUUGCUGCGUCGGAGGUUGAAGAUGACGUGAAAUGCCUCAAGGGCCUCCAAAAUUCGUUCGGUGGUCCUGGUGGAACGCUUUCAUCGUGGCAAUUCAACAACAACACACCCGGUUUCAUUUGCCGAUUCAACGGCGUUACGUGCUGGAAUGACCAGCAGAAUCGGAUCAUCAGUCUUGUCCUCAAUAGUAUGGACCUCUCCGGUCGCGUGCCGGAGUCCUUGAAGUACUGUGGUAGUCUGCAACGACUGGAUCUUGGGUCCAACGCCCUUUCUGGUACGAUCCCCGAACAGAUUUGUGUGUGGAUGCGCUAUUUAGUGAACCUUGACUUGUCGGCAAAUCGUCUUUCCGGACCUAUCCCCCCUUCUCUCGGGAAUUGCUCGUAUUUGAAUGAGUUAAGCCUUAACAGUAAUCAGCUUUCAGGUGUCAUCCCUGCCGAAAUUGGGAGCUUGAGCAGGCUUAGCAAGUUUUCGGUUGCAAAUAAUCAUCUUGAGGGUGCGAUUCCUUCGUCUUUAAGUCGGUUCGGCAAGGAAAACUUUGAGGGGAAUAGUGGUCUUUGUGGGGGUCCUCUUGGAUCUAAGUGUGGAGGGCUGAGUAAGAAGAAUCUUGCCAUUAUUAUAGCUGCUGGGGUAUUUGGUGCAGCUGCUUCUUUGUUAUUGGCUCUUGGGCUCUGGUGGUGGUACCAUCUGAGGUUGGGUAAGAAGGGGUUUGGAGACGGAGCAAGUGAUAAUUGGGCUGUGAAAUUGAGGGGCUACAAGCUCGUGCAAGUCACUCUAUUCCAAAAACCCCUUGUGAAGGUUAAACUAGGCGAUUUGAUGGCGGCUACCAAUAAUUUCAGUGCUGAAAACAUUCUUAUUUCAACAAGAACAGGAACUACUUACAAGGCAGAUCUUCCUGAUGGGUCAACCCUUGCAGUCAAACGGCUCAACACAUGCAAAAUUUUGGAGAAGCUAUUCCGCGUGGAGAUGAAUAGGCUAGGCCUUCUCAGACACCCGAAUUUGGCACCUCUUUUGGGAUUCUGUAUGGUGGAAGAGGAAAAGUUACUGGUUUACAAGUACAUGUCAAAUGGAACUCUCUUCUCCUUGCUGCACAGAAACGGCAAUGCAUUGGACUGGCCCAUGAGAUUCAGAAUUGGCUUGGGGGCGGCUAGGGGUCUUGCCUGGCUGCAUCAUGGGUCCCAUCCUCCAAUCAUACACCAAAAUAUCUGUUCCAAUGUGAUUCUUGUUGACGAAGAUUUUGAUGCUCGUUUAAUGGAUUCUGGACUUGCCCGACUUAUGACAUCUGACUCAGAAGGGACUAGUUUUGUGAAUGGAGACUUCGGGGAACUUGGCUACAUAGCUCCAGAAUAUACUAGCACCCCUUUUCCUUCACUAAAAGGAGACGUUUAUGGAUUUGGGGUUGUGCUUUUGGAGUUGGUCACUGGGCAGAAACCUCUUGAAGUCAGCAUUGGAGAGGAAGAAAUUAAGGGUAAUUUAGCGAAUUGGGUGAAUACGCUUUCUAAUUCUGGUCGCAUCAAGGAUUGCAUUGACAAGGCCAUAACUGGGAAGGGACAUGAUGAGGAGAUUUUGCAGUUUCUGAGAAUUGCCUGUAACUGUGUGGUUUCUCAUCCUAAGGAUAGGUUGUCAAUGUACCAGGUUUAUCAUUCGUUGAAGAGUCUGUCCAAGGACCAAAGUUUUUCGGAGCAUGAUGAUGAAUUUCCACUGAUCUUCGGGAAGCCUAAUGAUGAAUCAGCUUAGUCUGGUUCGAGAAUGGCAUUUCCGCUCUGGUUUCCUGUUUGUUACGGGAAGUAUUCAGAAUGGUUCUUGUGUGGGGCUUGAUCAUUUCCAACAGCGGACCCAAAGGUACAGUUGUAUGAUAAAAUAAACUUUAUCGUAGCUUAGGCUCUCGUGUUUCGUAAUAUCCAUUUGUUUUGCUGCUAUUGUACUAGGAUGCAACCCAAAAUUGCUCCCGUGAUAUUUGGAAUAUGCUUCUUGUUUGUAUCCUCAGCAUGUGUAAGAUGCAAUGUGGCACUCUACUUUGUGUUCUGUAUAGAUUUAUAAUUAGGAAGAUACGAAGCAAUUAUUAUCUCUAGAAAGAAAAGAGGGCCUUGUUCUCUAUGAAGUAAGAUUUAUUGUGUUUGAACAUUAUUUUGAUGUUU